UGCGUACGGUCGUUUCUCAACGCGCGCACGCCGUCCAUCGACGCGACGCACACGCGCGCGGUGACCCCUCUCGCGACGCGCGAUCUCCCCGUUCCGCGCGCGGACCAGGGACCCAUACACCGACCGACGAUCGAUCGGAUCGUCCGUCCGACGUCGCGCUCUGAGAAGCGCGGUCGCGCGCCCUCUUCGCGGACGCCAUGGCCGCGUCGACGCUCACCCCCGCGCGCGAGCGCCUCGCGUUCGUGUCGCAAGUCCUCGUCGGGUACCAAGUCGAAGUCGCGCUCACGAACGGCGCGGUGUACGAGGGCGUCUUCCACGCCGGAUCUCCGUCCGACGACAAGUGGGAGAAGAACGACUUCAAGAUCGUCCUGAAGAUGGCGGAGCUCAAGAUGCACCCCAAGGGCGCGGACGGCUCCGCGCCGAAGCGCGCGACGCGUUCGAUCCCCUCGCCGUCGACGACGUUCGUCGUCGCCGACGUCGUCUCCGUCAAAGCCGCCGACGUCGGCAUGAGCGACCUCGCCGUCGGGCCCUCCCGCGCGAUGGGCGACGGCUUCACCGACGGCGGCAUCUCCAAGGGCGAGCGCCUCGAGCGCGAGCUCGUCGCGUGGACCCCGGGGGAGGACGACCCGAGCGAUCCCAGCGGCGGACUCCUCGAGGACCCGGCCAAGCGCGCGUCGAAUCAUCGCGGCGGCGGCGGCGGCGGCGGCGGCGGCGCGAACGGCGGCGGCGCGUGGGACCAGUUCGCGGCGAACAAGAACAUGUUCGGCGUGGACACGACGUUCGACGAGUCGAUGUACACCACCUCCAUCGACCGAUCGAAGGCGGGGAUCUCCGAGCGCGAGGCGGCGCGCAUCGCGCACGAGAUUCAGACCUCGGCUUCGUCGAACGUUCACGUGCAGGAAGAGCGAGGGCAACGGACGACGACGGAUUACGACGAGGAGGACCGCUACGGCGCGGUCAUCGGCACCGGCGCCGCGCACGGCGGCGCGCACGACGCGAAGACGACGAGGGACGGCGCGCCGAUGCCCUCGCGGAACGCGUGGGCCGCGGGCGCCGUGCCGGCGUCGGUGAAGCCGCCGCCUCCGGCCGCCGCCGCCGCCGCGGGCGCGAUCCCGAAGCCCGCCGCGACUGUCGCCGCCGCCGGCGUCUCGUCGUCGACGCUCGCCGCGCCCGCCGAGGCGGCCAAGAUGUCCACGCUCAGCGCGAACGCGAAGCCGUUCACGUUGAAGGCGUCCGCGCCCGCGUUCGUCCCCGCCGCGAAAAAACCCGUCGCGACCGCCGCGCCGACCGCCUUCGGCGCGCCCGUGGCGCCCGGCGGCUACCCCGGCUACCCCAUGGGCGGCGUGGGCAUGAACCCCGCCGCGAUGUACGCGAUGGGGGCGAACAUGGGGAUGUACGGCGGCGUGGGCCGCGGCCCCGGGAUGAUCGACCCGAGGGCGGCGGCGGCGGCGGCGGCGGCGGCGGCGGCGCAGGCGGCGGCGACGGCGGGCUUCAUGCGUCAGAUGCCGCCGUUCGGGAUGCCCCCGGGCGGGCGGCCGCCCGCGCCGAUGGCGCCGAUGGGCGGGCCCGCGGCGGUCGCCGCGGCCGCGGGGGCGAUGCCGCCCGCGGACGCUCCCGCUUCGAACGGAGACGGCGCGUGA